GCCCAUUCACCAGCUAAGAGCUCGUCAAGAUGGAACAUUGGCAAGACGAAGAAUGAAAAAAAGACAGGAGAAAGCUCGUCUCAUCGCACAGGCAAGGCCCCAUCCGGAUUACCACUAUGACAUCUGGGCCCUUGACUUGAUGGCUCUCGAAACAUUCGCUGUCCAAAUAGGAAUGUGGAAGUUGGACAGGGUCACUGAAGGAUCAUUCGUACCGUUGGCAGCAGGACCUUGGGUCUCUGCCUGGCCAGAUUACUACGCAGCAAUGCGUUUGCCCAACGAUACUGAAACAAAUGAAAGGACGAGGGCUGCCCCCAAUUAAGGCCCCCACGCUCGCUCCCAGCUUGUGCAUCUCGAAAGCUCCAAAAAAGAUUGGUGCAGUUUCACACCCUGUUGAAUACCUUCUAGGUAGAAGGAAGAGGCCGCUCCUCGACGCCAACGUGGAAAUGCUGUGGAAUCUGACAUUCAGCCGCACUGGCAGAUAUCCCCACGUUCGUGGCCUGUCGCGUCAGAUGCAAGGAACUAGAAGCGAGGAAGUAGAUGGGACCUGCCAUCAGCUGCCGAGUAGCCACUGUGAAAGCCUUGGCCCUAGGCCUCCCAGUGUUGAUAUGCCGACCGUGCCCUACUACGACCAGAUCCACAGCUUGGGCGGCACCUGUUUGGACCUUGUUGAUAAGCACCCAAUAGCAGUCCCUAGAAUUCCCAAUGCUUUGAUUGAUUAUGCCAGUAUACUCAUAAGCAAUCCCAGACCUGCUAAGCUGCUAAAGAAGGUCCUACCUAGGAUCAAGCUGCAAGUCAGUGAUUCGUCUGUUUUCCAAAUUCUUCCCGUCAUCGUCCAGGGCAGCGCCACGAGCCUGGCCGCGUCGUCCGUGUCGGUGAAGCCCUCGUCCGUGUCGGUGAAGCCCUCGUCCGUGUCGGUGAAGCCCACGGGAGGGGUAUACGGCAUGCACGUGCGGCAGAGGCGUUGCAGUGAGGUGAGGAUAUCCGUGAGAUGGGAACAAAGGGCCGGCCCGACUCUCGGCCGGCCGCGUCAGAAAACCCGACGUUGCGGCCACGCCUUGAAGGACCGGCCUACUGCCAAGCAUGAUGAUGGCGAAUGGCAAGCUCUUCCAGAGGAUAUUCGAGUGUCUGUCUAUAAACAACCUCCGAUAACAUUCCCCGACUUGAAAGAUCUCACCAUUCGCAUCCUGACGGCCGUGGUGGAUGGAAAGCUUCCGGGGUCUCGCUCUUUCCCCUACCGAGAGGAGAUACAAGCACAUGGUGGCGUCGACCUGGUGGCCGACGACUUGCUCAGGUUGAUGCGGCCCGAGGUCAAGGAUUUGCAGGGCCAGAGAGUCACGCGCGAGGCGCUGGACUCCAUUCGCCUGAAUCAACAUGAACCAUGGCCGACACACAUUGGGUACCUUGACUAUGUCACCGACGAUCGAAAUGACGAGUAUAUCCGUCCAUACAGCGGUCAAACCAACAAGGGGCCGCGGCGCAUUAUUGUCCAACACGCGCAGUCUAUUUUGCUGAACAAGAGCAAUUCUCUGCACUACUUUGUCAUUUGGGUUGGCAACGGACAUCGACAGGCGAAUUUCAUCAUGCUCUGGUCAGCCCUGCCACAGGACUGGAAUGACUGGAUGCAACUACGCUUCAACAUGCUUGAGGCCAUCUUCUGCAGUGCCUUUCAAUCUCAUCACGGUUGUUUAGCACUACCUGACGAGUUACCUGAUCACGCCAACCUGGGGUGUGGACUCAACAUGAUCUCUCCGUUGAUGCAGAGCGCCAAGACUUCCGAACUUAAGAAGCUUAGGCAUGUUGGUGCUCUGGGCAAUUCAAAGGACCCUCAAAUUCAGGCCUGCCAAUCACAUCGUGCCAGGACCCAAAACGAACGACUUCGUGUUCGCCCUCAGACACCAUGGACACGCGGGGCUUAUGAGGACGCUCUCCAACAAGCAGUUGGACCCGACUUGUUCCCGGCCAUCAAGGAAUCUCUCGAGGCACCUAUCAAGGAGCCGCAGAGCGAGCCACGGUACCUCGACCCAAGGAUGUUUUGCGGCAAUCUCUCUGCUCCUGUCGGUUUUGUCCUCGACUAUGGUAUCACUGCGAGAGAAACGGACAUCGGCCACCCUCACCCCAAUGAAUCAAGCCAGCCAACAGUCAAGCUUCCAUGGGCCCUAGAAGGAUCCGGGCUUGAAGACACCAAUGUCCUCGUUUGGACUUUCGACUUCGAGCUCUUCUCGGGUCUUCCACCUGCCGACCUUUCGACAUCCCAGGCAUCCGAUAGCUCUGUGAUUCACAAGUGGCACCGAGCCAUACUCGACCCAAGUCAGCUUAACAUUGUUCUCUUAUGCGGGCCACGGGCGGAAAGCAAUAUCCUUGCUGUUGAGGAGUGCAAGCAACGGUACACGCUGACCAUUCGUGGUUUCACUUACCGCCUCUACAUUGGCGGCGGCAACACUGCCAAGCGACUGUACAUCCGCUGUCCCGAACUACCAUUGCAGAGUUGGUCUGUCGAUAUGUACCACGCCGGGAGAGUGGCCGAAGCCAUCAAGUUUGCCACGAUGAUGGCUGGUUUGAAGAACCCUAGCGCACCCUACUUUGUUGAGGGGAGCACCGUUCUGGGGUUCAUCCUUCGUCGGUCAAGGUUUGAGAGGCUCGGAUGUCCCAAGAUGACAGCAGAGACCCUAGAUCCAGGACUACGAAUCUGGCUUGCCCGUAAAGGGUUUCCCGAGGACGACGGACCGCCACGGAAGAGUCCAGGACAACCUCGGGAUCCAGGGUCGAAUAAUCGACAACCCCCUUACGACACCAUAUGCCAGGCCGCGAAGCUCUUUUGUCAGGAGCAGCUUCAGCAACGGGAAGCAGGAUUUGAGAAGAGAAAGGAGGAGGUAUUAGAUUCAACUAUCAGUGACAGCAGCCUCGAGCCCGGAGGCAAGCCCGCAAAGCGCCAUUGUCCGGACGAGAGGGCAGCGAUAGACUCGACCACAACCCACGAACCGACGCCCUCCACCCCGCCGCGAGAGCUGAUCACAACGGUGAGCGACUUUGUCGCCCUGCCAACAGAUAUGCCGGCCCUUCUGACAAACGUGGUGGAGCUGGCAUCCGAGCAAAAGAAUGACUUUCUUGCUGCUUUGAGUCAGCAAGCAUCAUCCGGUGAUUUGGAACAGCUGGAUUGCGCGAUGACGGUAUCAGACUUUCCCGUGUCAGAUCUCAAGUAUCUGGCACCGCUAAUGGGCUUGGAUGAUGGCUCGGUUACCACUGCAGAGAAUACCGGAAUUGACGACGCCAGCCUUGAGGACCAGGACCUCGCAGUCCCCAGCCCGUUUCAACUACGACAAGCACUCUUCCAACCGCCGCGCAAGAACAGGGGCGGGCCGCUCAAGAAAGUCACUGACUGGCACAAAGAGCGAGGUAACUUCCUCGAGAAGAAAUAUGCGUUCAACGUUGCAGACAAGAACGGCCAGGGAUACAUUAAGCGGAUUUCCAUCUGCUAUUGUUUUAUAUUUAUUCCACCGGACUUAGAUGCAGGAGAUGGCAAACUUCACGUGUCUAUUGAAGCUUGCGAGGAACCCGAUAGGCAUCCCGAGGCCUACGCUGAAGGUGCAACUGAUGCUGAUAUCGCGAAGAGGCUUGCAUUCAAGGUCACUGGACACGACUCGAAGGGGAAUGAAUUCGAGUUCUUUCCAAAGAUCCGAGGCGAUGACGCAGUAUUCCGGGUCAACUCAUUUGCCGACAUCCUUCUUCUUGGCAAGAGCCGAGAUGCUAUUGCCGACACGCCGCGCAGAUACCUCUUUUACCGACGAGGGACAGCGCCGCGUGGGAUGGAGAAGUUUGAAGGUGGUGGUUUCACUUCGCGCGUUGCAUGA